AUAUAAAAAGAAAAACCUCCCAGCGCAGUGCCUGGCUUUACCCAGCUUCUGGCUAUGCCCUCAUACUCUCAUAGAUCAUUUAGGAAGGUAAAGUCUAUUUUCGGAUCCUGGGGAAAUAUAAUCGAUUGCAGGAGCUGGCUAAACUGGCUGCUUUGCCAGCAAUCUUCUGUCUAUCCAUACUCGACCGCGGUGGUGAGUGGAAGCGCUAUACUUUCUAUUUUCAAACUACCGCUAUAUUUUCUUCCCUCGCUGAAGCAUCCGCUAUCGGCUGUCAUAACAGUGGAGGACGUUGGGCACGGGUAGUACACCUCGAUUAAUCACCAGCUCUGGAUUUAACCGGAAUGACCAGAGGUGUCGAUCGAUGACGAAGCAUUGUCUCCCAUAUGUCUGAUGUGUGUCAUUAUGGGCAUCUGAAGUGUUUUGCCGCUUGUUUUGUAGUCACGCGCCAUUUGACUCACGUGUAUUGAACCUGCCUGCAACUAUGAUCAGAACAUCAACUGCAUAAUAUUGGAUGAAACUGGAACACAAUAAUGACACGGAUUCGCUCUCAGUAACACACAAAGGCCGAGCGAUUAAUAUAGGUUGACAGAGACACGAUGGAGGAAAUGAGGCCACAAAUAGAUGCAACUAAUUUGAAGCUCAGUCGAAUCGGUGACAUGUCAUGACCAAAGCUCUGAAAGGAGCACAAGAUAUUUUACACGAGUCACGUUGCGACAUUUUUUUUUAAGAAGGGAAGAUAUUCUCAAAGACAUUUUUUCUACCACCAAGGUCAAGGAAGACUAGCUUACCGACAUGCCCGUGUCGACGAACUACCGUUUGAUCACGCCCAGCACCACGGACGAGAACCUGCCGAGAAUGGCCGAUCCGCUCUCGGCGGGGGAAGGCACGUGCGAGACCCUUCACCCCCGGGAACGCAGCAAGCAAAUUGACCGCUAUCUUAAGAGAGAAAGCACCCGCUUCAAGCAUUACAUGAGAAAGACGAUGCGACUCCUGUUAGUAGGCGCAGGCGAAUCUGGUAAGAGUACCAUUGUCAAACAGAUGAAGAUCCUACAUAAAGGCGGAUACAAUGAGAGUGAAAGACGAGAAUUCACUCCCAUUAUCUUGGAAAAUGUUCGAGAAUGUAUCAUGAGUCUGGUCGAAGCGAUGCCUCGUCUUCAUCCGCCUGUAGAGCUUAAAGAUCCUGAGCUGAUGCCGUCCUUAGAGUACAUCCGGGCAUGUGAACCUAAGUGCGAAGUAACGCCUGAAUUCCUAAGCAAUACACAGCGGCUAUGGGAAGACGAUGGAGUGCAGGACUGUUUUUCACGUGCAAACGAGUUCCAACUCUUAGAUAGUGCCAAUUACUUUCUAGACAAGAUUGAGUUCAUCAUGGAUCCGGACUUUAUACCGUCAGAUCAGGACAUUGUGAGAACGAGAAAGAUGACUACAGGGGUGGUGGAAACCUGGUUUGAUAUCAACAAUGUCACAUUUCAUAUGUUAGAUGUAGGAGGACAGAGAGACGAACGGAAAAAGUGGAUUCAAUGUUUUUCAGAUAUAACUGCCUUAAUCUUCGUCGUUGCCUGUAGUGGAUUCGAUCUUCAACUGCGAGAAGAUGAUUCCAAGAACAGGCUUGCAGAAUCGCUAUCCCUCUACGAAAGAUUAUGGAAGAACAGGUUUUUGAAGGAGACCUCUGUCAUCGUCUUUCUGAAUAAACAAGAUAUCUUAGCAGAUAAGAUCCGAAGUGGAAGAACCAAGAUGCAGUACUACUUCCCAGAAUACGAUGACUAUACACCCCCACCCACGAUCGAGCCGGCUGAAGAGCAAUGCUGCUGUUUUGUGACACGGUCCAUGCAAGAGAGACAGAGGAGAAAAGAAUCAACUUUUCCCGAACUCGGCAUGAUCCAAAGUCGGGAGUUCUUCAAAGUCAAGAGCUUCAUCAAAGACAAAUUCACAGAGUUGAGUACCGUUCAAAAUACGGCAAUCAAGUUCCGUAAGUGCUGUUAUCCCCACUACACAUGCGCAGUAGACACAGAGAAUAUUAAGAAAGUCUUCCACUACUGCGAGGAUAUCAUUCAGAGGGAGAAUCUCAAAAAAUAUGAACUACUUUAAUAGCAAACUAACGUUUAGCUGUAACGGCAAAAGGACGUUAAGCUUUAGCAGCAAAGGGAUGCUUAGUACCAUUGGCAGAAGGGUGUUCAACUUCAACAGUAAACAGUAAAGAACAUUCAACGUCGAUUGCAAAAAAGGAUGUUUAACUUCAAUGGUAAAAUGACGUUCCCUUUCAUUAGAAAAGGACGUUCAAACUUCAAAGGCAAAAUGACGUUCAUCUUCAACGGCAAACAACCAUUUAACUUGAACGGCAUAAGGAGUUCAGGUUUAAUGGCAACAUGACGUCCAGGUUCAUAGGCAAAAGGACGUUCAGCUUUAAUGACUAAAUGACGCUCAACUUCAACGACAAUGCAACGUUUAGCUUCAACGGCCAAAACACAUUCAAAUUCAACUGCACGAGGAAGUUUACUUUCAAUGGCAGAAGGACGUUCAGCUUUACCAGCAAAAUGAGGCUCGAUUUCAAAUGCCCAAAAUAAUACGUGCAACCUUAACGGCCAAACGUCGCUCAUCUGAGGUUUACCAGAUCAUGAUACAAACGUACAGGUUCAGAUGGAGGACUUUGUAAAUUGGAGGGAAAAGAUUUCUGAAAUAAGUAAAAAAGGGGAAAUACGUAUGGAAUACCACAUUUUCACUUGUUCAUUUGUUAAAAAAGACUUCUCUUGAAAAAGAAAA